CGUGACCAAAUUUAUUACGUGAAUUUCUACUUGAAGCAAGACUUGAUAUGUGAAUCUUAGAAAUUUAAAGUUCCAGUUCUCUUGUUACCAUGGAUACUGGUAAGGCACCAGCGCCUGUACCGCCAACAACAACAACAACAAAAACUAAUGUGACGCCACCUAAGUCACGUGAUCGCCAUCGUCGGAGUAGGUCGUCAAUGGACUGGGAUCCCCAUGGAGAGCUACCGGUCUCCUCCAUAGCAGUAGACAACGAUUGGUUUGAAACCCGGGGCAAGACAAAGGCCGGGAAACCGAAGAAGGUAGUAACAGUGGACGAAUCUCUCCCAAAACGUCAAACACGGUCAUCAACAGGAAGUCGAGUGUCCGAGCGAAAGUAUGUUAUCAGUGACAGUGACAGUGAUGAUGACGUCCAGGUCAUCAAGUCGACUAUCAAAAACCCACCGUUACCGAAACUCACCAUUAAACCCAUCACGAGUGGCACAGGAACCAAGCAGUUUAAGAGUAUGCUGUCGCAACCUAUUGCGCCAAAACCGGCGCCGCCCACAGGCGGGUUGAGGCGCACACCUGUCUCGAUGGUUCCGGCGCCACCACGUGUUCAGGUGCCAAUGCCGACGGCGACGUCGCGUGGAGCAGUUCGCGGGAGACGCGGGAAGACGCCAUCGUCGGCCAUCCCAGACAUCGAGUUACUCAUGGAGUGUCAUGACGAGGAGCUGUCUGCAAGCCAGGUCGAACACCAACGCAAAAUGCAGACGGAAUUCGAUAAGGUCUCAUUCCAGAUUAGUCGAAUGAAGCAGGACGCGCUGCUAGCGGGAAAGGAGGUGUCGCAAAUGGUGCCCGUGUCGCACGGGAUGAAGUAUUUUACUAUCACGAGUCAACAACAGGUGGCAGCAGUGGCGAAUGGUGCACAGCCGAGAGCAGCAGUUCCAUCGGACGAUUCAGACGUCAUCAUUAUCGGCGAGACGCCUUCGAAGGCAGGGCCAGCGCCCCCUGUUGCCAGCGCUACGAACCUUCAGAAACAGAACGUGAUGACAACAGCAGCCGGGCAGAAGCUUGUCAUAGCGACGACGCCAUUGACGAUGUCAUCUGGCGUGCAGUUGGCACCGACGAAAGUGCAGUCGCAACCUGCCGCGCAGCAAUUUGCUGGCUACCAAAUCCUAAAGAUCGGCAAUCAGCAGAUACAGAUACCGUCUGCUCAAAUCAUCCUCCAGCAACAGUCGGUCCAGCAGCAAGCGACCACUGACACAGUCGCGGCACCGGCGCCAAAACUCGCGCCGAGACCCGGCCCGUCAUCGAGGACGAAGCCAAUCUCAGGUACACACGGUCUGGGUGUUCGCCUGCCUCAAGGCCAGACGACUUCAUUGCCCGAAGUCCGCCAUAAUAUUCUGAAGCCGGGAAGCUGGGUGCCGUUAGAUGAAUACUAUUAUGGGAAGCGUGAGGGCGAUCCCGCGUACUCUGAAGAUAAGGGCGAGUUCAGAUUCAAAUGCUGGUUUUGUCACAAGAUGCUUUACAACAACGUGAAACUAAUGCUACACAUGCAAGGUCACAUCGACAGUGAAAAACAACAGAACCUCGACCUCAGCGACCUGACGCAAUGUAAACACUGCUUCCGCAAUUUUGAUACGCCCUUCGAGAUGCAGUGCCAUAUUGAGAAGGUUCACCGUAGCAGUUCCAAUGUCCUCGUCUGCCGAAUCUGCGAGAAAGACCACCAGAGCCAUCAGAGUCUUGCCUCACAUAUGAGGAUCAGUCACACGGCCUGCGAGAUGCCAUACUUAUGUACACUGUGCAACUUCCGAUCAUCCGUGUAUAAUGACGUCAUUGAUCACUUCAAAAAGCUUCACAGCGCCUCUGCAUUUGUCCUCUGUUUUUAUUGCCUCCGGGUCUUCAAGAUCACAGUCUCUAAAGUCAACGGCUGGGGCCUGACCCAAAACUUCUACCAGCAUUUACAAAAGCACCAAGUCAAAGGAACGUCAAAACGUUGCACCGCCUGCAAACUCGUCUUCUUCAACCGGGCGGAGCUAAAGAAUCAUAAGAUUAAAGACCAUGUCGCCCACCAGAAGGCGCUGUUGAACACGUCGGGAAAAAGCACGACCGAACAGGUCAUGAUUAAGGUCAAAGAUGGCAGCUCGAAGAUCAAGUCGCUGAAUGUUCAGUCGAGUAUUCAGAUACAGGAAUAUAAGAAUCUUCAUUAUAAUCAGAAUUUGAGGGAUCUGACGUGUGUCGAAUGUAAGCAGGAAAUGAGUACUUCGGACCAUUAUAAGAAAUAUGUUCAGUGCACUCUCUGCCGCUAUGCGACAAACUGCAGCAACGCCUAUUCAUCUCACAUGAUGAACUUCCACGCAGAUUUCUCGAAUCGCGAGGUCACACUGGAACAGAGGAUGAAAGGUCGCAUGUACUGCGUGUGUGGCUACUCCAGUCAGUUCGGAAAUACCAUCGCCAAUCAUCUUGUGUUUUGCAACAAGCAGACGUCAUACAAGAACAAGCAGACGCCAAAAUUUAUUUUCGACGAGGAGUCGAAUCCAAGCAGCGUGGAUAGUUCAAUAUCCGAGGAGCAGCCACGGCCAGCCACGCUGUUUGAUGCUCUGGGAUUGGUCAAACGGAAGCCAUCUGACCGAGGCAAAUCAAUCGCUGAUUCACCACAGCGCAUGGUUCGUAAGAUCCUCCACGGUGUGAUUGACGAUAUUUUCCCGGCUGAGACCACAGCGGCCGCAGUUUUGGAUGAAGUCGUGACAGCGGCGUACGCGACACUCCAGCAGAAUAUCGCGGCCAAGAAAGAAGCAGAGAAUAACUAUGAGGUUCCAGCCGACCCGAUGAAACAAAAAUGGCUACCGACGCGCGAGGACGAGGACAUCCCAGCCGCGCUGAAAGGAUCGCAGAAGUGGUCGGCCGUGAAGUUCAAGGAGAAGAAGGCUCCGAGUAAACGGUCUGUCUUCCUGGGGACUUCUGAUGUUGAAGAGGAUGAAGAGGAUCAACUCACACAGACCAAGAAACUUAAGAUAGAUGACAACACCGUUGUCAUGGAAACCACAAGCCCUGUUGCCAUGGAAACCGAGAGUCCGGUUGCUGGUAGCUCGCGGGAGGAGAGUCCUGGAAUGGAGGAGGAGGAUACCUCCGAGAUCGUUGAGCGGAAGGAUAGUCCGAUUAUUGACGAGGAGGAAUUGAUUCCUGUUGUCGGUAGUCUGGUUGCUGAGGGAGAUAGUCUGGUUGCCGAGGAAGAUAGCCUGGUUCCCGAGGAAGACAGUGUGGUUGUAGAGGAAGACGGUAUGGUUGUCGAGGAAGACGGUAUGGUUGUCGAGGAAGAUAGCAUGGUUGCCGAGGAAGAUAGCAUGGUUGCCGAGGAAGAUAGCAUGGUUGCCGAGGAAGAUAGCAUGGUUACCGAGGAUGACGGUUUGGUUGCUAAGGAAGACAUUUCUAUGACUAUCACCAAGAAUGAAAGUCCUGUUAUAAUGGAAGAUAGCCUUGUUGCCGAGCCAGAGAGUUCUGUUGCUGAGGAAAAUGAUUCUGUUGCUAAGGCUGAUAGCACUGAAGUUGAGAAAGAAAUUACUGAUAUUAAGGAAGAAAUUCCUGUUACCAAGGAGGAAAUUCCAGUUGCUAAGAAAGAUACUCAUGUUGCUGAGGAAGAAGUGUGUGUUGCCAAGGAAGAGACUCCUGUUGCUAAGGUUGAGACUCAUGUUGCCAAGGCAGAAACCCAUGUUGCUAAGGAAGAGAUUCCUAUUGCUAAGGAUGAGAACAAAACUAUCUCACUGGGUCAGGAUAUCAGGGCUGAUGAUGCUGAUGAAAGAGCAGAUGAAAAAACAAAUGUCAUGGACAUUGAGGUUCAAAAGGUUGAAGAGACAGUCGGAAAGAAAGGAGAGGGACGUGAAGAAAUUGAAGAAAGAGAAAGAGUUGCUGAGACAAAUGAGGAAGGAAUGGAAGCAGACGUCAAAGAUGAAGUUGAAGAAGAAGAAGAAGAAGAAGAAGAAGCUAAGGAUGAAGAGGGUACCGAAGUGAAAGCAGAAGAGAGCGAAAUAAAGAAGGAAGAAAAAAAUGAUGCUUCGCAGGGUCGGGAAGAGUACAGAACAAAAUCAGAGGUGGAUUCGCAAAGUCACGCCAAGCCGGAAUCUAAGGCUGAGAAGCCCGGGACACCAUCUCUGGACUCGGAUAGAACUGUUGGUCAAAGUGUCGGAGGGAAAGGUGAUGGUCCUGAGGAAGGUGUCGAGCGCCCUGGGGCGGACUGUAAACCUGAAGGUCAAGGUCAGAUUGAUCCAAGGUCACUUGGUCAAGGUCAAGGUCGUGCAAAGCCUGAAGACACUGAGGUCGAGGUGACAAAAAGUGAGAAAUCGGACGCAGAAAUGUCUUAUGGUGGACGAGGUGACUCGGAGGCCGCAAAAUUUGUCCCGCCCCCUGUUGGCGCAGCAACGAACGAGACAAAACGCGAAAAUUCCGAAAAAAGUUCCGAUUACUGGAAGGAUGAUCGAGAGAGGUCGCGAGGCGAGAGUUCGUCUGGUGGUGAGCGGAGGGAGCGGUCCGAGAGCCGUUCAUCCGAUGAUAGGUCGUACGACCGCAGGCGGGAUGAACAGCGGUCGCGAGAUUACGACAAUCGGGGAGACAGAUAUGGGCGAGAUGACUACCGCCAAAGAGAUUAUGAUCGCCAUGGCAACCGAGACUACAGGUCGCAGGACUAUCGCCAAGGUGAUCGCUACCACGAUCGCAGGGACGAUCGCCACAGAGAUGAUCGUCACGGCAACCGCGACCGUCACCACAGGGACAAUCGCCAUGGCGAUAGAGACCGUGAUAGAGAUCACUACAGGCAGGACCAGUACCGUAACCGUGGAAACCGAAAUAGUGGCGGAGGAGGGUACCGAAGGGACUAUUAUUAGAUAGUGUUGUCAUAGCGACCAUAAUUGUUUGUCUGAUGUCAUAUAGCCAUGGCAAUAGAGAUUAGUAAAUGUUGAAGUUUUACAACCAAUUAGGAUGAUUUAAAAAAAGGUUAUUUGAGACGCAUUUGUGUAAAUAGUAUAAAAAUUUUCUAAGCAAGGGGAGGAAAAGUGUUGUAAUGCAGUAGAACCUCUCUAUUAAGGACACCCUCGGCACUGACAAGUGCUGUCCUUAAUAGAAAGGUGUCCUGAUUAGAGAGGUCAAAUUGAAAGGAGACUACCAAUUUGGGACCAAAACUAGUGUCCUUAAUAGAGAGGUUGUCCUUAAUAGAGAGGUUGUCCUUAAUAGAGAGGUGUCCUUAAAAGAGAGGUUGUCCUUAAUAGAGAGGUGUCCUUAAUAGAGAGGUGUCCGUUAAGGGAGGUUCCACUGUAUUUAUGAACCUGGAUUGCUCACAUUCAAUAAGAAUAUCCUCUAUGAUUCUUAUUUAAUAAGACCUUCCAAUGAGGACACUUUUAGAGUUUUUUUGACUACUGUUAAUGAAAAAAUACCUCUUGGGAGUUGAAUUUUACAAAGGAAAAUGCAUUUAGAGGUACACUGGGUGUUCAAAUCGCUAGGAUACUUCAAAAUUGGGGACAUUUGACUGAAAAUAGUCCAACAUCUAUUUGAAAUACUGUUUGGACAUUUUUUGGGAAUGACAGGUCAGUUUGAUGGACUUAAUUGGCAUUUGACUCAUCAAUCAAAGUUAAAACAAGUUAAUUAUUGACAAAGAAUAAUUUUGGAAAUCUUCGAAGAUGCAUAUAUAUGCAUUUGUUCAUUUCGCAAAAGUUGCGUGAAUUCCUCGGUAAAAUAAUCGAAGUGUUUGCAGAUUUGCUGUGAAAUCUUUAACUUUGUGGAAUGAGCAAUAGCUUUGUACAGUGUUGAUCUGAAGGAAUUAGUCACAGUCAUUUCAGAAAAGUUCUGAAAAUUGAAAAAAAAUAAAUUUGUCGUUUCAUAGAUUUUUCUGAGGAGGGGGGGUGAAGACCUCUCACGAUAAACUGCGUUUUUGAACAUCUUUUUAAAUUCAAAUCUUGGGGAAUAUUUUCAAGUUUUCGAAAAUUUUGGUCAAGACGCCAAGACCAAUUAUGGGGUGGCUACUUCCUUUUGCGCAAGACUGUACGAUAUUCUUUAUAAAUGAUGAAAAUGUUAUGUGUUCAAAACAGCAAAAGCAGUCUCAUUGACGAUGUUAGUGUUGGUAUAAAAAUUGUAAAAUGUUAAUUUAGUUCAUAAUUAUAUAUCAAGUUAUUCAGAAAAAAGUCCCCGUCUCUUAAAGGGCUACGCCGUCAUCAAAAAUUUGAAAUUGUAAUUAGAUUUGAAAAUCUAAAAUUGCGUAAAUUCCAACUGAAUUUCAGCUUUGACGUUGGCCAAACCUGCCUCUGGUCAAGGACGAUCACGCACGGCUAUUAAUACACCCAAUUGGUGCCUAACUGUAGUGGCACGUAAACACGCUCAUCCCGCCUUGGAGGAAGAAUACUCCGUGGAGAAAAUCACCUCCAAGUGUAGAGCGAACGCUGGAGAAGAAGAGUGGAGACUAUUCUGUGACUAUCACCUACCAAUAACUUCUUUACACCUUCACAAAAUAAAACAAAAUCUUGCUAUUAAGGCCGUUUUAUCUUAGAAACCAGUGUCGGUGGUAAUUUUGGCAUAAUCCGGGAUAAUCUUGUUUGUAAACAUUUUUCUUAAAACUUGUAAUUGUUAAAUAAUGAUCAAAAUAACAUUCA